GUGGAACCUAGAUAAGGCGUAGCUUCCUGGAGCCCGGGAGAAAAACUGGGAAGAACCAGGUGCUCGCUCUCUCUGGGCGAUUCCCGCGGGACACAGCGGAACUUGGGCUCUCCAUUCCUGUGGCCCUUUAACUCUACAAUCAGAUUUAAACCAAGCACGUGGCUCCAAGGGCGCCGCGACACCUACUGACAGGUGAUGGUUACUGCACCUACUCCAGCUCAAACUCAACCACAGGUAAGAUUUAUAAUUUGAAAUAUAAAUUUAUAAUUUAAAAGGGAAAAAUGACAGACUAUUUAAAACUCCAGGAACUCACUAGCUUUUUUAUUUAUACUAUGCAUGAUGUCAUGCAAAGUUUAUAUGAUUUCCCCCCUAAACCUCUCUAUUUGAUUCUGGGGAUCAGCUUUGUCCUACAUAUUUUUUUCUUAAAAACAUGGUUUGAUAAUAGAGCCAAGAAUGAGGUACUUUUAGAAAUAAUACAGUCUUUACAGACUGUUAAUGAUCUUCUGAAAGGAAAACUCAAAACGCUGGAGAAGGAUGUGAACAAUUUCGCUGACAAAACUCAGUCAAGUGAGACACUUUUAGAAAUGAUACAGUCUUUACAGACUGAUAACGAUCUUCUGAAAGGAAAACUCAAAACUCUGGAGAAGGAUGCAAACAAUUCAGCUGGCAAAACUCAGUCAAAUGAAGCACUUUUAGAAAUGAUACAGUCUUUACAGACUGAUAAUGACCAAUUAAAAGGAAAAUUCAGCAUUCUGGAGAAGAAUACAGCCAAUUUAACAAACAAAACCCAGGCAAUGACAAAGGGUGCUGAGACAUUGUCUGGGAGAAUGCGUACUGUUGAAUGUAUUAGUGAGGCUCUGGCGAAGGAUUAUGAUAGAUUGGCUGAUAGAUUGUCUCUCCAGGAAGGGAAUAUGUAUGCUAUAAAAAUUAGGUCCAAGGAUGAGACGUUAUCUCUACUGGACAGACUUUGUACCUUGGAAUCCUCAAUGAGGGCAUUAGAACAGAACACCAGACAGGAGAUCCAGACUCUACAAAAGGCAAUGGUAAAAAGAUUUGAAAAGAUUGAGGAAUUUAUAGAAUUUGAUGACCAGGGACAAAAGGUACAAAGUCAGAGGUACAACUGGAGGGAAGAGGCUAAAAUUUUAGAGCAACAGGGAAAAGCAAAAGAAUUUAAGAUUUCCCAAGAUCAAAUUCUGGGCAAGGGACUUUACUCUGAUCCUCAGGAUCAGGCUCUUUACGAUGAACACACCUUGUCCCUAUGUAGCACAGCAGCUUUAAAUGCUUGGGGCGGGACUCGGGAACUAGGAGAGAGAACUGAAUCAUAUCCUAGGAUUAAGCAGGGUUCCAGAGAACCUUUUAGUGACUUUUUAGAAAGAUUAACUAAAGCUGUACAAAUAGGGGUGACUGACCCAAAAGCUAGAAGUAUACUGAUUGAAGCUUUGGCUUAUGAGAAUGCCAACUUAGAAUGCAAAAAGAUCCUUUGGCCUUUAAAGAUCAGAUCAGCACCCAUGGAUGAAUGGGUCUUGCAUACAAAAAAUGUUGAGACAUUUGACUAUGAUAUUGAUGAUUGGGUAAGAGAUGCAAUUUCCAAAGGUAUGAGGAGAUAUCAAAAUACCAAAUGUUUUAAUUGUGGUAGAGUGGGACAUCUGAGAAGGGACUGUAGACAAGGAAUUCCUAGGAAUAAUGUCUCCUCUGGAGGACAAUGGAAUAAGUGGAGGAUGAGUCAAAAACUUCAGUAGGACAGAGGAAACGUGUACUCUGGCAGACUUCUAUAAAUGAUCAAAGAGUGUGUAUAAAUGGCAUUGUUAUUGAAGGCUUACUAGGCACAAGUGUAGAUGUAGUAUCAUUACUCCAGAAUCUUGGCGUCCAAAUUGGCCUCUUCAAGAGGUAGAUGUUCAGUUCCUAGGAAUUGGAGCCCUAUGUUUCUGGGGAAAAUAUUGGAAGAUAUUAUAGACAAAGGUCACCAGUCAUUCAGGCUGUACGAGAACACAAAGCAGUUGAUAAAUCUUCAGAGUUGCUAAUGGCCCUGCCUUUAAAAUAGUUAACUGAGAAACCAAUAUGGGUUAAACAGUGGCCUCUAACUAAAGAAAAGCUGUGUGCUUUAGAACAGCUGGUACAAGAGCAACUAGAUGCUCGCCAUAUUGAAGACUCUACCAGCCCUUGGAAUUCUCCUGUAUUUAUUAAAAAGAAAUAUGGAGAAUGGUGAAAGAUCUUAGAACUAUCAACAAGGUUUUUCAACCUAUGGGCCCUCUACAGUCUGGAAUUCCUCUGCCUCUUUGUUACUAAAGGGAUGGCCUCUCAUAGUUAUUAAUUUAAAGGAUUGU